AUGGGUGUUCCAUCAACAAGAAACAUUCCAAAGGAGAAUGUCUUCGAACUUCAAGACGCGCCGAUCCCAGAAACUGGCGUUCUCCUUCAAGUCCGCGCUGGAAAAGUAAAGGAGCGUGGUCUGGCAGGCGAAAUCACGUCUGCCAUCUACAAACAAGAACAGCACGGCCCGACAUGUGUCACAGUGACUGGCAUUUUAGGCGACGAACAUGCUGCCAAGAGCCAUGGUGGAACCGAACGCGCAGUGCAUCAGUACAACCCAGAGCAUUACCCAGACUGGCAAGCGGAGGAUGCCCCCGAACCAGGCCUAUACGAUAUCGGAACGUUUGGCGAGAAUCUUGUUGCAACCAACAUGAACGACGACAACGUCUGUAUUGGCGAUAUAUACAAGCUUGGUGACGAAGUUGUCCUCGAGGUCAGCGAGCCUAGACACCCAUGCUUCAAACUCAACUCCCGAUUCAAGUGGCCGAGAGCCCUUAAGCGGACGAUACGAACCGGACGAUCGGGUUGGAACUUUCGAGUAUUACAAACGGGAAAUAUCUGCAAGGGUGACACAAUUUCCUUGAUUAAGAGACCAUAUCCCAAAUGGUCGGUUCUCAAUGUCCAGAGGAUACUAAGAGCAAGGAAUGUCUCCCUUCAGCUAUUGGCAGAGUCCAUUCAACUACCAAUGCCAGAAAUGUGGAUAGAAAUUGGAAAAGAAAAGUUAAGGAACUCGCCAAAGACAUACACACUGGUUGAAGCUCAGCUCGUUACCUCCCGUGUUAGAAAUCUCACAUUCAGGUUGAAGGACGAUCUCAAACUGGACAACCCCGAAUUCGAUCAUUAUGGUUUUGCGCAGAUCACGUUCGGACCUGACAAUAAGUUUGAACGUUCAUAUUCUAUUGUCGAUGGCGACUUGUACACGUUCAGUCUAGGCAUUUCUCUAGAUCGCAAUUCUCGCGGUGGUUCGGCAUAUAUCCACAAAGAAAUGAAGACUGGUGACGAGAUCCAGAUGUCACCUGGAAAUAACCUAGGCGCACAGGAAAACGACAAGAAGGCCGAUCCGGAUCUCGAAUGUAUACUUAUUGUGGGAGGCAUUGGCAUCACAGCCUUUCUUCCAUCGAUCCGUGAGUGGGAAGCCAAAGGACAACCAUACCAUCUUCACUAUGCUGUACCGAGCCCCAACGAUGCCCCAUUCCUCCACGAACUUCCAAGAGACAAGACGACGUUAUAUGCCAAGUCAGAAGGUCAGAGACUCAACAUCUCAGAGGUUAUACCGCAGCCCACGACCGAAGACAAGACCUUCCCUGCCCGUAUCUUCUCAUGUGGGCCUGGGGGUAUGAUGAAGGAAUGUCAGCGCAUCACUUCCGAGCUAGGAUAUCCAGAACACUUGGUUCACUUCGAAGAUUUCGGUAGUGGUGGUGAUAACCUGGGCGAACCGUUUGAGGUGGAGGUCCAAGAGCUUGAAACAAAUAGGCACGAGACGAUGACGGUUCCCUCCAAUAAGACCCUCCUCGACGUUCUCAACGAAGCUGGCUUCGACGUACUUUACUCGUGCAAGUUUGGUGCUUGCGGUGCUUGCAAGGUGACGCUCUGCAAGGGGGAGGUUGACUACAAGAGCACGUCACUAUUAGAAAAGGAGAAGGGCACCGCUUUACAGGCAUGUGUUGAUCGCGGGGUUGGGAAGCUUGCCGUAGAGAUUGAUUAG